UUCACUUCCGCACUCCGGUGCUGCCUGUAGCCCGUUAGCCUCUGCACAUUUUUGAAGAUAAGCGCGUUUAUUAUCCAGGACAGAAACGCGUACAACUAGCAACAUUAAUUUGAAUCUCCUGACUACAUGCAAAUAUACUUUAUUUUAUAUGCUUAACAAAAAUAGCAGCUUUAAUGCUGAUUAAGUCAACCAGGAAGCGACGUUAGCGCGAGGAAGCUCACUACAUCAUAAACUGGCAAAUGUCAGGUCGUCUGUUAAACUGUAACUAACAAAGAAGCUCAUUUAACUUACAUUAAAAGAAGUCAUGAAGGUGGUCAACGGUCACAGUGGAGGGUCCUUCCUGCUGUGGACCUUGGCUGUUGAACUGGUCCUGUGUGGGAGUGGAGUGUACAGCAUUGAGGGCACCAAGAGCUGUAAACUGUUAACUGAAUCUGACUCAGAACGGAAAGUCCUCAGUCGACUAGAGCCACUCACCCAUAAGAACUUUACAGCAGAGAACAAGAGUACAAAAGAGGGCUACACAUAUGUCUUCCAGUUGUGUGGGGAUGCAGGGGGUAUUCCAGGAGCUGGGGUUGUUCAGGUGGACAGCAAGAAAACAAUUGUGAUUGGCAUGUAUAAUUCAACACAGGCCAUUGGAGGAAGUGACUGGGUGAUGUUGAUCUAUGGAAACGGCGAGCCAUAUGAUACCCACUGCUCCAAGGAAAGUAGGAAAGCCAUUAUCAUGAUCUCUUGCAACAGGAAUAUUGAUGCGGGCAAGCUGGAGGUGGAGCUGGAGACCCGGGACAAGGAGUUCAACUGUUUCUACCUGUUUGAGCUGGACUCCAGUGCAGUUUGCCCAGUUAUUCAGUCCCAGCUCAGCAGUGGUUCCAUAAUACUCAUCAUUGGGUUGUGCCUUGUGGCCGUUUACCUCAUUGGAGGUUUCCUCUACCAACGACUAAUUGUUGGAGCCAAAGGGAUGGAGCAAUUCCCAAAUUAUGCUUUUUGGGUGGAGGUUGGCAACCUGACAGCGGAUGGGUGUGACUUUGUGUGCCGGUCACAAAAUCGAGAGGAAGCACCCGCAUACAGAGGAGUGGCCACAGAACAUUUAGAAGAAGAGCCAGAGGAGAGAGAUGACCACUUACUACCUAUGUGACCUUGAAAUGUCAGAAAUGGGACAGAAAUGUUUACUGUGUGACACAGUUUACUCUUUCACAGGUUAGAUGAAGUUGCUGUUACACACAAGUCUUGUUUUUCUUGUGCUGGUUUAGGUUAGGACAUGUUGGCACUUUGUGUGUAUUCCAGACUUGUGCCUAGGGCAACUACUGUGUGAUCUACUUAAGAGGACAUGUUUUCUCAUAGGGCUGACAGACCUGUCUCCUCUUGCUAACCCAUGCAUUCAGCUUGUUUGAUGUCAACAAACAAAUGAGUGAAAAAGGAGAAGUUAAGAAGUUGGAUUUCUACGUGAUUUAAACGGAUGAUAAUAUUGCUCAUCUUUUUCUGCUUCGCUAAUGAUUGAUUGUUGUAUGAUGUUGGUGCAGGUUGCAGCAAGUUGUUCUUCCAGGGGUCCUGGUUCUGCAUUCACAGCUGCAGGUUACAAACACACAAGUACUUUUGCUUAAUUUGGCUUUAAUCAGUUUAUUUUUUAUUAUUAUUAUAAAUUUAUUAUUAUUUAGUUUUGAAAACUAGAGAAGUGAUGAGUGAAAUGUUUAAUUUUAAGUAAUGUGAUUCUGCUUACAGCCAAGUAGAAAUCACUGCUUGACUGAAUUUAUGUUUUACUUGGCCGUUUUCUCCCUCCCACAUCAUAGGUCAAAAGCUUCCACAUCAAUGCUAAGAUUGUCCUUAAAUGGUCAUUAUUAUCAGUUCCUGACUGAAGCUGACACUUGUAGCUAACUAUAAUGCUAAUGCAAAAUGCUAUUAAAUCGAUCUGCUAAACUUACAAUUUGGUGUUUAGAUUCAAAAUUAUAAAUGCUACUAUGCAGUAAUUGGCAGUUAUAUAAUUUAUUUUCAAAAGUAUGGUAGAUUCGUAGUACAUGCACUUAUAUAUUCAUAGAAGAAAUGAACAUUCACAAAAUGUAAAUUCUUUUCUGUUGAUAAUCGUAAAAAUAUUUAAAUAUUAUAGUGGGUAAACUGAUCUGCCUGGGUAAAGCUGGCCCAAACACCACAUGCGCUGCUAGGCGCACACACCAAUAUUACAGGAUGAACUUUGACCAAAUAUCCAGGCCGCUUCAUGCCAGAUGUAUUGCUUCUUUAGGAAGAUAGAGCGGCAAAUGAAAGCACUUCAUUUUCUAUACAUCUGUAUAAAUAUAUUAAAGUGUCAAUAAUGAGGUUUGUGAUAUUUUAGAGGUUUCAAAUGAUUAAUACUAAGAAUUAAAGCAGGAUAUUUGACCUUGGUGGCAAGAUUACGUUAGGAAGUUAGUUUAGUUACUGUAUGUUACUAUAUUAUUGUCAGUGUGAGCAGUUAUGUUGGUUUUGUUUCUACAAUGUGCUUUUUGUGUUUAUUACAGUUUCUGGUAGAAAUGGUUACACCUGUAGUUGUCGUGAACUGAACAACCUUCAGAUCAAUAUAAAAGCCUGUUUGGGUUCAAGUAUGAUUUCAAGCCAGUAACGUUUUUGUUUGUAAAAUACGCAAUAAGUUUAUGUAUGCCCAGUGUAGUGGUGAACUCCGUACACACACAAGUGCACUCACCGUUGGGGAUUUAAUGAAUGUAAAAAUGUUUUAAUAAACAUUUCAUGCACAAAA